UCUUUUGCUGCGUACCUCGCUUCGGCCGGCGUCGCGCUCUCUUCGCGUCCUCGGAGCCCGGACGCAAACCAUGGCGACCAAGGCCGUGUGCGUGCUCAAAGGCGACGGCCCAGUGCAGGGUACCAUCCACUUCGAGCAGAAGGGAAAUGAGCAAGUGGUGGUCUCAGGCCGCAUCACGGGGUUGACCGAAGGACUGCAUGGAUUCCAUGUUCACCAGUUUGGAGAUAACACACAAGGCUGUAUCAGUGCUGGUCCUCACUUUAAUCCUCUUUCCAAAAAACAUGGUGGGCCAAAGGAUGCAGAACGGCAUGUUGGAGACCUGGGCAAUGUGACUGCUGGCAAAGAUGGUGUGGCUGAAGUGCUUAUUGAAGACCCCCUGAUCUCGCUCUCAGGAGCCCAUUCCAUCAUCGGCCGCACCAUGGUGAUCCAUGAAAAAGAGGAUGACUUGGGCCGAGGUGGAAAUGAAGAAAGUACAAAGACGGGAAAUGCUGGAAGUCGUUUGGCUUGUGGUGUAAUUGGGAUCUCCCAAUAAACAUUCCCUCGGACAUGGUCUGAGUCCUAUCUUGCUAGCUGUAGAAACUGAACCUGACAAACAUUAAACACUGUACUCUUAAAAAAUUGA